UGAGACUCCUCUAGGGCUGGUGUGGCUGGCAGCGACGUCGUGCGCACGCGCAGACCGGCGCGCUAGGGCGGAAGUGGGGGCUGCCGCAGGGAGGUGGGGCCGCCGCGCUCGCUGCGAGCUGGGCUAGUGGCCGACAUGGCGCCGUCCGGGAGUCUCGUGGCUUCCCUGGCAGGCCUGCUGCUGUUGCUUUUAGGGGCUCCGUGGACCUACGGGCGGCGGAGCAGCGUGCGCGUCAUUACGGACCAGAACUGGAGGGACUUACUGCAAGGAGACUGGAUGAUAGAGUUUUAUGCCCCGUGGUGCCCUGCUUGUCAGAAUCUUCAACCAGAAUGGGAAAGUUUUGCUGAAUGGGGAGAAGAUCUUGAGGUUAAUGUUGCAAAAGUAGAUGUCACCGAGCAGCCAGGACUGAGUGGACGGUUCAUUAUAACUGCACUUCCUACUAUUUACCAUUGUAAAGAUGGCGAAUUUAGGCGCUAUCAGGGUCCAAGAACUAAGAAAGACUUCAUCAACUUUGUGACUGAUGAAGAGUGGAAGAGCAUUGAACCUGUCUCGUCAUGGUUUGGUCCAGGUUCUGUUCUGAUGAGUAGUAUGUCCGCACUCUUUCAGCUGUCCAUGUGGAUCAGGACUUGCCAUAACUAUUUUAUUGAAGACCUUGGAUUACCAGUUUGGGGAUCAUAUACAGUUUUUGCUUUAAUAACUCUGCUUUCAGGACUGUUAUUAGGACUUUGUAUGAUAUUUGUGGCAGAUUGCCUUUGUCCUUCAAAAAGGCGCAGACCACAGCCAUACCCUUCAAAAAAAAUAUUACCAGAAUCUUCUCCACCUUUGAAGAAAGUGGAGGAGGAACAAGAGGCUGAUGAAGAAGAUGUUUCAGAAGAGGAAGCUGAAAGCAAGGGAGGAGCCAACAAAGACUUUCCACAAAACGCCGUCAGGCAGCGCUCUGUGGGCCCUUCUCUGGCCACAGAUAAUCCUAGCUAAUUUUUACAGAUGUCUUAAUAUUAUGAUUUUGACAAAAACAAGAUCGAUCAUUGCUUUUGGUUUGAAGUGAACUGACUUCCUUGUAUAUUGCAGGGUUCUGUCUAAAUUGUCAUUAGAUUGGAUAGUUUAGAUUCAGAAAAUAAAAGCACUAGGUAUAAUUUGAAAUAUGAUUUAAGAACAUGUGAUGGUUUAAGCAGUUCUUUAAUUUUUGAAAAAUCUGGUGCCAAGCAAUAAGAUUUGUGUAUAUUUGUUUAAUAAUAACCUAUUCCAAAUCUGAGUUUUGAAAAUAUACUUGUCCCAAGUAUUGCUUUAGUGGGGUAAUUAAGAAGAUUACUUUAGAGAAAAAGAUUUCUCAUUUGGUGUAAGUUUUCUUGGUUUCACUGUGUGAAAAAAAGAACAUAUUUCCCAUUAAUGGGAACUUUGCCCAUUGUCUCAAGAAAUAUGUGUUUCAGUGACAAAUCCUUGUUUUUUUUAGAUAUAUGGUCCAAAAUCUCCUCAUUUUUAGAUUAUGCAACUAAUAAAAAAUACUUACAGU